UUGGCAGUCACCAUGAAGGCGCUGCUCCUGCUCUGCUGUUUCCUGGCCUCGCUGCUGCUUUCAGGACAAGCAGAACUGCAAGUCUCUGCUUCGGGUGGCACGGAAGAUGUUGGCAAUUUGUUGGAGAAUCAUUUCUCUGCUGGAGACGCGAGUCUAGAGGAGAAAGAAAGGGCGCUGUAUGCAGAUGCGGCCCCUGGAGACAAGAACCUACCCCUUCACUACCCAGCCGGCAGGGAGGCUGAGAGCUUGGAGCAGACUCCUGCAGGGGCCCCUUCUACUGCCAACGGCCAGGGCUCCGAAUCCGAAGCUAGCCUGUCCAAUACCUCAGCUGCAGAGUCAGCUCCGCCUGGGGAUGCUGAAGGGCCUGGGGAGGAAGAGGAGGGCCCUCAUGCAGCAGGCACCCUUCCUCCAGGAGGGGUUGAAGGGCCAGAAGAAGAGAGGCCAGAGUUCAGUUCUGGAAAGGAACCAGGGCAGGAGGAGGCUGGGGUGGGGGUCCCCACAGAGGGGGCUGCCAGUAUGGAGGCAGAAGUGCAAGAGGGAAGUAGUGGGGUCCCUGAGGAAUUACAGGGACUCUUAGGAGAUGGGCCUAUGAAUGAAGCAGCAGGGACAGCAGAGUCUGUAGCCACCCAGUUCUCUCCUACCAUAGAGGGUGAAGAGGCAGAAGGUGAGGGCAACACAGGCUCUGAUCACCAAUCCAGAGAGCUGGAUGGAGCCCAGGAUGCCAUACCUGCUGGAGAUGAAUCGGAAGCCAGGGAGGGAGCAGAGGACAAGCCUCAGGACUCCUCCCUGCAGUCAGAGGAUACAGCCACCCCAGGGCGUAUUCACCAGCCCACAGACCUACACGCAGCCUCUGACACGGCAUCUUCUGGAGUAGAGGCAGAAGAAGAUGCAGAGGAAUCAAAGGCUGAGGUGGAUACAGAGUCUGGCGAGAAGGUUGAGGACCAGGGGGAGCCUAGACCUAGCCUGGAUGCUGGUUCAGCAACAGAGGCCAAUGAAAAGUCUGAGCACACCCAGAGUUCCGAGGCAAGGGAGACAGAGAAUGGCCCUCCUGAGGGCCAGGUGUCAGGGAUGUCGGAGGAGGGCCUGGCUGAGGCCUCCUCUGAAGAAGAGGGUGGUGAAGAAGAUGGAAGUGAAAGUGGGGGAGUUCCAUUUAAAGAAGAGUCUGGAGAAGACAGUGGUGAUGGAGCUAGCUCAGAAGAAAAGGGGAGUACCCCUGGGGAGGCUGGAGAGCCCCAGAAAACACCAGGAGCCACAGGACAUGAGGAGGCACCAGGAGCCACAGGACAUGAGGAGGCAGGGGCCCAGCUUGAUGUGGAAGAUUUGAACACAGGGUUCGAAGGCAGCAAGACCCAGGACAUAGAAGCAGAGGCGUCCGAAGAGAGACAACAGGGGAGAGGGAAUCCCGUAAUUGCUCAAUGGGAAGAGGCAGAGGAUGCGAGUGAAGAAGCUCCCCUGAGGGACCGCUCCCACAUUGACAAAACCCUGAUGCUGAAUGAGGACAAGCCAGCUGAUGAUUACUCAGCGGUGCUGCAGCGGCUUCGGAAGAUCUAUCAUACAUCCAUCAAGCCCCUGGAGCAGUCUUACAAGUACAAUGAGCUUCGGCAGCAUGAGAUCACAGAUGGGGAGAUUACUUCCAAGCCAAUGGUGCUGUUCCUGGGACCGUGGAGUGUUGGCAAAUCCACCAUGAUAAACUACCUCCUUGGGUUAGAAGAUACUCGAUACCAACUUUAUACAGGUGCUGAACCUACCACCUCUGAGUUCACUGUCCUUAUGCAUGGGCCCAAGCUGAAAACCAUUGAGGGCAUCGUCAUGGCUGCUGACAGUGCCCGAUCCUUCUCGCCACUGGAAAAGUUUGGCCAGAACUUUCUGGAGAAGCUGAUUGGUAUUGAGGUUCCCCACAAACUUCUAGAACGAGUCACUUUCGUGGAUACACCAGGCAUCAUUGAGAACCGCAAGCAACAAGAAAGAGGUUACCCCUUCAACGAUGUGUGCCAGUGGUUUAUCGACAGAGCCGACCUCAUCUUUGUUGUCUUCGAUCCCACCAAGCUGGAUGUAGGUCUGGAGUUGGAGACGCUCUUCCGCCAGCUGAAGGGCCGUGAGUCCCAGAUAAGGAUCAUUUUGAACAAGGCUGACAACCUGGCCACACAAAUGCUCAUGCGGGUGUAUGGAGCUCUCUUCUGGAGCUUGGCCCCUCUCAUCAAUGUCACGGAACCUCCACGGGUUUACGUCAGCUCCUUCUGGCCACAGGACUAUAAGCCUGAUACCCACCGAGAACUGUUCCUCAAAGAAGAGAUCUCUCUCCUGGAAGACCUGAACCAGGUGAUUGAGAACAGGCUAGAGAACAAGAUUGCUUUUAUUCGCCAGCAUGCCAUCCGAGUCCGAAUUCAUGCCCUUUUAGUUGACCGCUAUCUGCAGACUUACAAGGACAAAAUGACCUUCUUCAGUGAUGGGGAACUGGUCUUUAAGGACAUUGUGGAAGAUCCUGAUAAAUUCUACAUUUUCAAGACCAUCCUGGCAAAGACCAAUGUCAGCAAGUUUGACCUUCCCAACCGUGAGGCUUAUAAGGACUUCUUUGGCAUCAACCCCAUUUCCAAUUUCAAACUCCUCUCUCAGCAGUGCUCCUACAUGGGGGGUUGCUUCCUGGAGAAGAUUGAACGAGCCAUCACCCAGGAGCUCCCCAGCCUUCUGGGUAGCAUUGGGCUUGGGAAGAAUCCAGGUGCUCCUAACUGUGAUAAAACAGGCUGUGGUGAGACCCCAAAGAAUCGCUACAAGAAGCACUAGUUUCUGUGUAGCUACUCUUGGGUCCCCAAUGGUGAAUAAGCUUGUGUCCUGUCUGAGAAGUCCUGGUUUGUUAACCCUUUGAGCCAUGCUGGCGACAAUCAGUCUGCAUUGGAGAUUUGGGAGUUCAUUGAGGCUGGUGAAUCAGGGAAGGUUCUAGGGAGGAGAGUGGUAACUGUGAAUUAUAGUGUGCUUGUCUUAUUGCUUCAGUUAGAAGGCCUGACACAGGUCAAGUCAGUCUACAAGGCUUCCUUUGCUUUUUUCUGGGUCCUGUCUUAGAGGGACAGAGAGCAGCUAAAUUCUAAUGAAUACUAAGAAAACGAGGGUCAAAUAAGCUAAACUCAGUGGAGAGUUCCUGAGUAAUAGAGGGUUCUCAGGUCUGUGUCAACUCCUUACACAUACAUCUUCUGUGUGAUCCCUGUCCCUCCUUGGCUCCCUCCUAAGCUUGGGUUGAUUUUCAAAAGUGGACAGACUCUUGAGUCUGAUCUUCAUAAAGUUUGAGCCAAACCUUGGAAUCUUCUCCCUGUUUUUCCAAGGGGUGGGGCAUCCAGAAAACUAAACCACAAGUUUUCAAAUUAGGAUGUUGAUCUGUCACCCCAAGUAUAAUUUCGUUGAUGUCCCAGAUGGAGAGCUCAGACACUUAGUUGUCCCUAAAAGGAGAGUGAGUGGGUAAUGUGUUCAAGCACUUUCCCUCCUUACAUGACUUACAUGAAGGUACUGGAAGCGCUCACGGGGUUAAUUGGUUUGCAGUGUGUCUUUGUCUGUUGCAUGUCUUUGAAAGCUCAGAUCACAGAGGUGUUGGGUUUCAGAGAGGACAAUGGAGAGACCUUGCUCCUAGUCCUUGGAGGCUUCUCUAGACAGACAUUCUCCCAAGUUUCAGGGGAAGCUGUUUCUACAGCUUCUUUGUGGGAGCACUUGACAGAGGACAUGUCUCUUCUGGUUCCCAGAACCAUGGUUUCUCUUUUCCUUUCUUCUCCAUUCCCUGAUGCAUCAAUACUUCCAACUGAGAAAAAGUCCCUGAAUCAGAACCAGUGCCAGCCCUUGGCAUUGGCACUGGUACCAGAUAAGACCUGAGGUUCAGGUUCAACCUGAACUUCUGCAGAUGCCCACUGAAUGCAGUCAGGACAGUCAGGACCUUCAAACACCAGUGAAUGUGCACUUAAGGGCAUCAGACUUGAGGGCACAGAGAGAGGACUCCAGAGAGUCUUGCAUGGCACACAUACACUGCCACCUUGAAGUGCAGGGGAGUGAGAAGCCCUGGGAAGAUGAAGAGAUUUUUGAUGGAGCAGGCCAAGUGAAGUUCAGCCUGCCUUGAGGGCUUCCUCUGAGCACAGCCAGCUGCUUUUUUGGGAGCAAGCUCUCCUGAGGGCCUUAAUUGGGAGGCCUGGGUUGGGAUCCACCAGCACCAGGGUGUCAUCUAGAGCAGAAGGAAAGUAAGAAGGAAGGCUGAGCCAAAGUCCUUCUUUCUAAGGAUCAAGUAGGUAGCAUAAGCAGGAUCAGUGGAGACUACAUAGAGAACUUCAGUUUAGGAAUUUGUGUGUCUGAACUCCUAGCAGUCUGGUGCCCCUCCUAAGGGCAGCUACUGCUUUGGCUCUAUGUAGGGCCCGGGAUCUGCCACAAAUCAAAAGCCCCAGAGCUGCCAGGACACUGUUUCCAAGGAGUGAGUUCCUCCCGUCACAGUUAUUCAUGGUGCCUGGGUGGCUAGGGCAGAUGAGCUGCAAUCUGUCUUGGAUUUUUCUUCCCAAACUCCUCCCCUCUUCUCUCCAUCAUGUGCUCUCUGGAGAGACUCUCCCACCCUUCUCCUUCAUGCCCCUCAUGCCUGUGGGUUUUGUGUGGCACAAACCAGGGAAAAGGCUGAACUGUAUGAACCCUGCCUGGCUGUCAGUGCCUGCAUGCUUGGAGGGAAGCAGGUGACAUAAGGCCAAUGAAUUCUUACAGGAUUUGCAUCUGGGGGAAGGCACCUUACCAGUGGUACCCUCCUUUUGGAUUUUUCUCCAUCUAUUUCUUCUCUGUCUCCAUUUUGCUCCUCUACUGCCUGCAGGCCACUGACAGUCAGGUUUUUAGCACAUACCCUUUGCCCAGCUCUGCAGAGAUGGGCUCUGAGCAAGAUUCCGACUCUGGGCAUUUUAUCCCAGGAGAAACGUGGGAUUCAGAGUUGUCUGUGCCUGAACAGUGGCUGACCUUUCCAGUGUUCUUUCCAUUCUGGUUUCAUCAGGGAGAACGUCUCAAUAAAGUUCCAAUCUCUCUUCAA